UAGAGUGCAGAGUAGGAGGGAACCUACUGAGCUACCCGGAUGGGUUAAGAUUAAGGAAAAAAGGACAGAAGAACAUCUUUAUUACCUUUUUAUACUCCUAUUCCCCCCGCCUGUGUUCGUACUGUAAACAAUGACCUAAUGUAGGCUGCACGAUUCCCAGCAGAUGCGUUACAUGACACCAAAGGAAAAGCGACUGCUUACAAAGGACAAAGACAAAGAGUGACAAAGAGAUUCAAAAACAUGGCAGCACCUUCAAACAUGGAAGUAGAGCUGCACGGAUUGUUUGAGAAAAACAACACCUUCGACUAUGAUAAUUAUGAGAACAAAGAACUAGACUGCCAGCCAAAAGCAGUCUCUGAUGCAUUGGGGGUCUUCAUUCCCCUGCUUUACUCCUUGUGGAUCUUAUUGGGGCUGCUGGGACAUGGACUGGUUCUGGCAGUAUUGUGGCUUAAGUGGCUGAAUUGCAGUGUAAUGGACAUCUUCAUCUUUCAUUUGAGCUUAAUUGACAGUCUCCUGCUGCUCACAAUGCCUCUCUGGGCCGUGGAUGCAGUUAAAGGAUGGAUCAUGGGGUCAGGGCUCUGCAAACUGGCUGGAGCUCUGUUUAAGAUGAAUUUCUACUGCAGUAUGUUCAUGUUGGCCUUCAUAAGUGUGGACUGCUACCUGUCCAUUGUUCAUGGAGUUCAGAAGUUGUCUCGUAAAAAGCCCAUGGUGGUUCAUGGAUGUUGUCUGAUUAUCUGGCUCCUCUGCCUGCUCCUUUCCAUCCCAGACUGGAUCUAUCUGAAGUCCACCAAUCAUGACAGCACAGGUCAGGUUAAAGAUGAAUGCAUUUACUUUUAUCCAGAUGAUUCCUGGCAUCGUUCCUCACGAUUUCCGCAUCAUGUCAUUUUGGUUGUGGGAACACUUGUGCUGCUGUUCUGUUGUUCCUCCAUCAUGCUGAAGCUUCAACGUGACUCAAUGUGCCAGCAGAAGAAAAUGGGCAGAAAAACAGCGAUCAUUGCAGUCUUAGUGCUGGUUUUUCUCAUCUGCUGGACACCCUACAGCAUUGCCUUCAUCGUGAACACCAGUGCUCGUCCAAUGCUCAUCGACCCUUUAACAGGAGAGAGUGAAUGUGAAUGGAGGCAGUGGACAGCUAGCAAAAUAACAGCCAUUUUUGGGCUUCUCCAUUGCUCCAUCAACCCUGUUAUUUACUUCUGUUUCUCCAAAGAGUUCAGGAGACGCACACUGGCUGUGAUAAAGUUCAAUGCUUGUGAAUCAAACAAUAAUGACGGCUCACUUUGGGACUCUACUGGAAUAAACGUUAAUGUUACUGUCCAGGAGGAGCAAGGUCCACUUCAGCAAGUCAAUGAACUUAAACCAAAAGUACAAACCCAGCAGCAGGAUACGUGAAUUUAUAAAUCAUUGAACAAUAGACUCUUUGUUUCUCGUAAAUUAUUUUAUGCUUAUUGUAAUCAUCUGCAUUGUAUUUACAGCAUACUGUAUUUAUACAAAAGCAUUGAUCAAUGACUUUUGGGUUUGGAUUUACUUAAAGGUAUUUGUACAGUCAUCCUGGAAAAUCCCCCUCUCGUGAUGGAGGGUGGAAAAGCAGGAGACCCCCAGGUCAUGGAAUUUCUGGAAUAUUAUAGAAUUUCGAAAUGUUUACUGCAGACAUUGAAAGUCGGGGAAUUUUAUUAAAUGGUUUUUGUCCGAGUCAUGCAAAAUCAGGGAUUUUUUUGUUUGUUGUUUUUAAAUUUUAGUGAAGUUUAUUUAUAAAUUAAUUUCAAGAGGAGCACAUGCUUAUGAUUAAUCACAGCUGGUCCCACAUUAGCCAAUUUAUGAUUCACCAAUCAGACGAUUCCUUACGAUCACCAUAAAUAACCUAAGUGCCAUACGACAGCCAUCUUUGUUUGGAAGAAUCCCCCCUUCCACCCCUACUCCUCUUCCUUUCCUAGAUGGGUGGCACGGUGGCCCAGUGGUUAGCACUGUUGCCUUACAGCAAGAACGUCACUGGUUCUUGUCUUUACCAAGCUAGUCGACGUUUCUGUGCGAAGUUUAGAUGUUCUCCCCAUGCUAGCGUGUUCCCUCAGUUUUCUCUAUUCAAAAACAUGCGACUUAAGUUAAUUGACUAAUCCAAUUCGGCACUAUAGAUGUGCUUCAAGUAAGUAGUUAUCUCUCCAUAGCAAUUCCUAAUUGUUCAUUAGCAAGAACAGCAGGGGAGUUCUUGGGAGCUCAAACUCUCCUCUUGCCUUGCAAACAGGAGGGAGCCCUGGGCUCAAGGAUCUUACAAGCUCAGGGCUCUCUCCUGGGACACGCUGAAACACGCUUUAUAAUCAAUCAUCAGCUAAAGUGUGAACUCUUGAACUGUACAUUUAACAAAAUGUACUAUUUUUGUAGCAUGUUUGUAUUUGUGUAUGUGUUAUUCAAAUUGUUAUGGUUAGGCUCUUUUCAGAGCCAUUUAAGUGAAUUGCAGUCACCAGGCUGUACUUGUUACAUGCAAACAUGCCAGAAAAAGGAACAUUUGAAGGGCAUUGCCUACAAAACGACCUCAUCAAAAGCUGGCUGUUUAAAGUAGAUGACAGAAAGGUGAUAUCUUGUGCCAAUGGCUAUAAGGGUCAUAAAGUGGUACUGUAUGUAGCUAUAAUGUUUGCUAGAUAGUUGUAAUUAAAAUGUAUUCUUGAAGUAUAGCCUAUGUCAGGUAGCAUAAGAGGUCACUUUAAGAAUCGAAAGCGUAGCAGAGUUUGUGAGCUAAUUACUGUUAAGUCUCGAUAGCAGAAGCUUGGAUUAAUCAUUAUUUAAUGUUUUAAUCAACGUUGUAUUACUGUUAUAGGCUAAUUAAAAAAGAUCGACAAGGCACUUGAAAUGAAAUUCAAUCUAUUUUGCAGUCUAGCUUUGUUUGAGUCGUAAAUAUGAUGCGAUGUGACAUUAAUUUAUUAUUUAUACUAACCGUUGUGUUUUGUUAUUUAACUUUUGUACCAAAACCAUCUGUAAACCAGUGGUGUAGUCCUUGCUAUAUGCACAUAUACUCAAUAUGCCUACUUUUUUCUAUGAGCUGUUUGGGUAUCACGACUUCUGAGGAUCAUACUCUCGGUAUACUCACUUGUUUUGGUGAUUAGACUUCCCUAGUUUUUGUACGUUAAGUAUUUGAGUUUUUCGAAGAUCACAACAAAUCAACUGAAUGAUGUCUUGCUGAAACGUUCAAGUAAAAUUGUAAAACAGCAUGGGCGUUGCUUUAGACUUCCUAUAUUUCCAUUCAGCCCCCCUAACACUUUUGCGAUUACCUGUACACUGCUAAAUGAUCGCCUCAGUCCCCUUUAAAAUUGAUAUAAAAACGGCGGCAGAAUCCUGAUCCUGAACUCGUUUUUUAGUUAGUCAGCAAACCACAGCUGUGCAGUGUGUGUGU